AUGGGUUCCACAAGUAAACUGGUUCACCCAGGCAUUGCAAGGCAUGUGGAGCUAGCUUUCUGGAACCGUCUCCGUUCUGACUCUUCGUUCCAUUGGGCAGAUAACCCUGAAUCCCCAGGUCCAGCCGAAAUUCUCCUGUUCGAUAACCGUGGAGUUGGGAACUCUGGUUAUCCCAGAGGACCGUACACUACGUCUGGAAUGGCAGAGGACGCUAUCUGUCUCUUGGAUUACAUCGGGUGGACGAAUGAUAGGGAAUUACACGUUGUCGGAAUCAGCUUGGGAGGAAUGAUAUCCCAAGAACUCUCCUACCGAAUUCCUCACCGAAUCGCGUCAUUAACGUUGGCCGUAACUACACCUGGAGGCCAUGUCUGGCAGAACCUUCCACCUUUCUCUGGCGUACGCUCGCUUGCACGCCUUCUCUUCACACCGGACCCUGUGCAGAAAGUACCUCUCGUUUUGGAGAUGCUUUACCCUCCAGAAUGGUUAGAUUCCAAAGCCGAGGGUGACGACAAAGGGCGCACGAACAGAGAGAUCCAAACCGAGGUGAACACGUCUUCCAUACAUCCCCGACAGCUGGCUGAUUCUCAACUCGUCCGGCAGGCCUAUCUAGUCCGAGUCUCUCUGACAAUACCCCAGCAAUUCGUCGGACACAUCUCACAGAUGGCAGCUGGUCUCACGCAUCGCUUCACGCCAUCACGCUUGAAGACCAUUGCUUCCAAGAUACCCAAGUCCGGCGCUUACCAAAACACACAGAUCACUAUAGUCACAGGCGACGUGGACAACCUUGUAGCUCCAAGGCGGUCUAGAGAACUGGUACAAGGAAUGGGACUUACAAUUGACGCUGCGGCUUCAAAGCACACCAAUCCCCGGGACAACACUCCACGCGAAGCCUCCGAGAUCCAAAGGAUUGAACUCGUAGAGUGGAAGGAAACCGGUCACGGUAUUAACCAUCAGCGCGCUGAAUGGUUCAAUCGACUCUUGGAGAGGACCUUCGAGGAGGGAAGAAGGGUCGUCGAAAAGGAGAAACAAGGCAGUGCCAACGAGAGAGUAUAUUAG